AUGGAUCAUGGUGCAGCAGCCGCGCUUCUAGGAAUUUUUCUAGAAGCCGGUGUUUCUAUGCUGACCCUCCUCAAUCUGCAACUGUUCAUCCAAUACCAAUUCAAGCCUAUGACUUCGUGGGACUUGGCCUCCGCUGCCAGCGAUCGGGGAAAAAGUCUUGUCGCCCCCUCGGCAAGCAGCCAAGCAAGUUUCCAGGUCCGUGUUUUCCUUGUCGCUCGCUUUCGAGCUUGUAGCGACAAAAAAGCGAAAAAGAAAAAGAGGACCCUGCAAACCCCGUCAGCUUCAGGGCACCCCAGGUCGCGCCCCAGAGUCGCCAAUAAACAUCCGGACUCUAUACGUCAUUGGAAUAUCUUUCUCACUUUAGCUCAACGAAACAGAGUCAAACGCCUAAAUGAACAAAGGUGA